GAUGGCUAUUUAUCAGAGCGAAGGAUGCUUGGAACGUGCUGCUUGAACGCACCACUUAGGGAUCGCGACUUCGUUACAUAACUGAUCAGCCGGCUUCUACUUGGCCUCCACUUGGUCCACUUUCUCCACGACACCGUAGUAUUUGCGUUGCCGCCGCCAGCCGCCAAAGGGCCGGUCCGUCACUUAGGUCGAGCGCAGCGCAAGCGCCACUCGUUUGCUACCUCUACUUGCGACAUUGUCACAAUGCAAAGCAAAGAGAAGGUUGUUGUUGCGGAGACUACAGCGAAAAGUAGUGGGAGCAGCGACCAUGGCGCCGCCGAACUGGCCGCAACACCGCUCAACUACACGCUCAAGCUCGAUUUGCGCUUGAUACCGAUUCUAGGAUGUACAUACACCAUCUUGUUCCUGGACCGGACGAAUAUCGCAAAUGCCAGAAUCGAGGGGUUCGAGAAGAGCUUACACAUGCCAUUAAAUGGCUACAACACGGCACUCUGGAUUUUCUACGUGCCCUUCGUCCUGGUCGAAAUACCUAGCAACAUGAUCAUGAGCAUGCCCCGUGUGCGACCCAACAUCUUCCUUGGCUGCAAUAUGCUCAUUCUUGGAGUUGCUGCCAUGUGUCAAGGACUUACUGCGUCUUACGGUGGGCUGCUUGCAUUGCGCUUCUUGAUGGGUAUCUUCGAAGCAACAUUGCCCGCAGGAGCUGCUCUGCUCAUGGCUGAGUACUAUACCCGCGCCCAGGCAGCGCUCAGAUUUGCCAUGUUCUUCACUUUCGGUGUCCUAGGCCCGUGUAUCAGCGGUCUUUUAGCGUUCGGCAUCCGCAACAUGGAUGGAGUCCAAGGGAAGGAGGGAUGGAGGUGGAUCUUUAUCCUUGAGGGAAUCCUUACCAUUGCUGUCUCUUUCCUUGUUUUCAUCCUUGUACCAGAUUUUCCUGAGAGAACUAAAGUCCUAACCGCGUCAGAGAAGGAACACUUGCUCAAGACGCUAAGAGAAGACAAGGGUGACCAAAAGCUUGACAUCAAGAGCGUGAAUUGGCUCAAGACCAUCUGUGACUACAGGAUCUUGUUCCCCACCCUCAUGUUCUUCUGCUGCGACAUGACCGCCGCCUCCAUGUCCUCCUUCAUCCCCACCAUUCUCACCGAGCUAGGCUGGAAACGAGCCCGUGCACAAGCAAUGUCCAUUCCAAUCUGGAUCACCGGCAUGGUAUUCCAAAUCGCCGCCGCCUUCAUCUCCGGCCGCACCGGGUGGCGGUUCCCGUUCAUCCUCUUUGGCAUCCUUUGCGUUCUCGUAGGGUGGAUCAUCAACAUCGCGUAUUCGGAAGGCCGCGGCAUCAGCGCAGCUGUGAGAUACUUCAGUCUUUUCUGCAUGAGUGCGGGGACAUUUAUUCAAAUGACGAUGACGACGAGCUGGUUGACGAACAAUCUGCGUGGACGACCGAGUAUUGCAGUGGGAACGGCGAUUAUCCUCGGCAUUGGCAAUUGCGCCAAUUUCGUAGCGAGUAACGUGUUCAUCAAGAAGGAGGCGCCACUGUACCCUACGGCGUUCAGAACGGGCUUGGGCAUAACCGUUGCAGGAGCGGUUUUCUGCUUGGUCUAUGUAGGCCUGUUGUGGAAGCAUAACCAGAAACUGGACAAGAAGAGGACGGAGUUUGGUGGAGAGGAUGACCAGAAAGAGUUCAGGUACCAGUACUAAUCAGCGACUAAAUGAGGGGUUGGGUAAAGACUGCUAAAGGCUUAGGGUGAUAAUCAAUGAGUACAUAGAGAGGAUCGUUAAUGCAUACAGAGACACGACUUUGGCGAGAUGAAAUUCAGAUUGGCUAUACGCAUAUCAGUCCGCCUCAACUAACCCUAUAUGAGUGCGAGUAACAACGCGAUAGUGUGGAGUAGGCUGCUUUGAGCGGUACAUGCCAUCGAUGAGUUCCUCGCCAUUCUAGCUUAGUCUUCUAUCAUAUCUCACACCCAUUUCCAGUUCAACGAUCAUUGUUAGACGCGUUUACCCUUCUCAUCAAGUUCAACGUCCUCAACCAGGUCAUCAAGCAGAAAUCUCCAAACGCCAG